AGAUAUGGCAGAUCGUGGAGAAAACAGGCACGAAGAAGCGGGAAAGUCAGCACGGCAUGUUGCGAUCCCCGCAACGACGGCCCCGUGGGCCAGGAGCCCCAGCAGUGAAAAUGUCCCGCCCAAGGGAGACGUCAUGUCGCCAACAGUGGCACCAUGGUCGAUCGGGCUAGUUGAACCUCAGCAGCUCUCACUGGAAGAGAAGCUGGCCAAGGCAAGAGGAUCUCGACCGGGGGAGGCUGGCGCGGAGCCAGUAGAUGCAACAGGAAAUCCUCCAACGGAAGAAGGGGAGGGGAGAGAGGUAGCGCAGCUGUCGGUCGUGGAGGAUGGAAAGCCCGUGACGUACGGGCUGAAAGUUCCUUACAAGUGGAUCAAGACGCACCAGGAUCUUGAGACGUUCAAGAAGAGCAAGACUUACGAGAACAUCAAAGAGUUUAUUCUUUCAUUGAAUCACAACUGUAUGGGCAAGAAAAUCGACGACCCCAGAACGCUCUCUCCCCCUUGUACCAAGGUGAUCGAGGUGCUCAAGACGAUGUCGUCGUGGGUAGACGAGAUCCCUCCCAUCAAACAGCCAAUGAGAUACGGAAACAAGGCCUUCAGGGACUGGAUGGACAAGGCGGCUGAAGAAGUUCCAACGAUGGUGGAGGCAAUGCUUCCGGAUGAGAUCAAACCUGCAGCUAUUGAGGCGACUCCUUACCUCCUUGGAAGCUUGGGGGACAAGACUCGCAUCGACUACGGGACAGGACACGAGCAGAUGUUCAUCUGCUUCCUGGCCCUGUUGGCUAAGAUCAACUUCUUCAAGGAGGAGGACGCUGACGCCCUCGCGUUGAAUGUCUUCUGGGAGUACCUUCAGCUUGUCAGGAGACUUCAGCUCGCCUACCGACUGGAACCGGCGGGAUCGCACGGAUGUUGGAGUUUAGACGACUAUCAGUUCAUCCCUUUCUUGUGGGGAUCAGCACAGCUGAUGAAUCAUCCUACACUCCUUCCUUCAUCCAUCCACGAAGACUGGGUGGUCAACAGCAACGCAAAGAGCUACUUCUACUUCCACUGUGUUCAGUUCAUCCGGACAGUCAAGUCUGGCUCCUUGUCGGAGAACUCUCCCAUGCUCAAUGACAUCAGCGCCAUCGCCACCUGGCAGCGUGUUAACAACGGCAUGUGCAAGAUGUUCUUCGCCGAGGUCAUGGACAAGUUCCCCGUCAUGCAGCACAUGCUCUUCGGCGGCAUCCUGUCCGCGCCGACGGAGGAGGAGGAGGGCUAGCUCACUCGGCUUCCUCGCUACAUGGCGGGUGAAGCACAAGGGGGAGGGAAGAGUCUUUUGUAUUAUUGCGAUAAAGGAACUACAACGU